AUUCGUACACGGCACAGUGUGAAGACGGAAACUUGGCUUCCCACAGUCAGAUCUAACCCUCUAGCGGCCACGGCGAGCAACAAUGGGGUGUCCCGAACACAGGAGAAGAAGCGACCCAUUCAUAUUUUAUUACUUUUAGAACAUCAGCCCCCUUGGACGAACCCGUUUUGCUCAACCCGCGAGCAAUAAGACAGAACUACAGCUCCCAGAAGGCCUUUCGUUGGCGUAGGCCCCGUUGCCAGAAAUUACUGGAUGAAGCGCCUCAGCCGGAGACCAAUCAGAGCUCUAGGUGCUCUUGGGCGGAUGUUUCCUCCUCCUCCUGUGGAGAAGUGGGAGACUUUGAAAAGUUUCCAGGAUUGUGUUUCUUGUCACGAAAUAUAUGAACAUGGCAAGUAAGAAACUGAGAAGAGCAGGGUUGCCGCAGGAGCUUUGUAAGAGACUCAGUCGACAUCAGAUCACUACUUGUCAGGACUUUUUAUGUCUUUCACUACUGGAGUUAAUGAAAGUGACUGGACAGAGUUACUGGAAUGUGCAGAAGCUUCUUCACACAGUCAGCCAAGCCUGUGCUCCCAGAAUGCAAACUGUUUAUGAAAUGAAAAUGAAAAGAACCACCAACCCUUCAUCAGCAUUCUUGCCCACAACACUGGGAGAUCUGGAUAAAAUAUUGCAUGGUGGGAUUGCCUGUGGCUCUCUUACAGAGAUAACUGGUCCAUCAGGUUGUGGCAAGACUCAGUUUUGUAUUAUGAUGAGCUUGCUGGCGACGUUUCCCACCAGCUUGGGAGGAUUGGAUGGGGCAGUUAUAUAUAUUGAUACAGAAUCUGCAUUCAGUGCUGAAAGGCUUCUUGAGAUGGCACGGCACCGUUUUCCUGAUUAUUUUGCCACAGAAGAAAAGCUGGUUUUAAUUGCCAACAGAAUUCAUCUUUAUCGGGAAUUCACCUGUCACAGUGUGUUGAAAAGGAUUGAAUCUUUGGAAGAGGAAAUUAUUUCAAAGAAUGCCAAACUAGUAGUAAUUGACUCUGUUGCUUCUGUAGUCAGAAAAGAGUUUGAUACAAAACUUCAAGGCAAUCUGCAGCAAAGGAGCAACUUACUGAGUAGGGAGGCAUCAAUACUGAAGUACUUGGCUGAAGAAUUUUCAAUACCAGUUAUCUUGACGAAUCAGAUUACCACGUGGCUGAGCGAUGGCCUUGCUGUACAGGCAGACCUGCUGUCUCCAGCUGAUGACUUCUCUCUGUCUGAAGGCUCUAGAAAUGGAGAGUCUGGCUAUGUGACUGCAGCACUAGGGAAUACUUGGAGUCAUAGUGUGAAUACAAGACUCAUCUUGCAGUAUCUGGAUUCUCAGACAAGACAGCUUCUGGUUGCAAAGUCCCCAAUCGCGCCAUUCACAUCUUUCCUGUACAGAAUUGAAAAUUCAGGGUUCGUUCUCCAAGUCAGAGUCAAAGUCAGUUGCAGAGAAGCAGAUGGAGAAGAAAUUAAGAGUGCUUGACGUGUUAGUCUUCAAAACAAGAUCCCUGUUGUGAUGGAUUCAUCUGCUGCUUUGGGUUGCCUUCAUUUGAUCGUGGCCACAAUCCAGAUAGCUGUUAGUUGUGCCCAAAGACUACAGUUUCCUCAGUGAGACUCUUUUUAUUAUUAUUUUAAGCGGUCCCUGGUCAACAAACUGCUUUUGAAACUCUCCCAGUUCCCAAAAGUGGCUAUGCAGGGGAGCUGCAGUUCCUUCUUUAAAGGAAAAUUUAUAUAUCAAAAACCUCACUAGCCAAGUGUAGGUAAUUGUACUGGUCUGUGGAUCAUAGCAGCCUUUAGAGAGAGCUUUCUGGUGUCAGAUGAGGAACUGAUAGCAACUCUAGGCACCCAGUUCUUAAUGAGUUUGCAUCCACAUCAAAUGUCUACACGCACUGCAAACUGUUUAUAUGCUAACAGUGAGAUUCUUAUCCUGCUAUGAUGAUUUUAUGAAGAAGGGUGAGUUCAGACUAUGAAUUAAUUUGAUGCCAGCUGAAACAUUGUGCUAAAACUAAAAAAGGAUAAAGAAUGCAUUCCCACAAGGAAGCAUGGCUCAUGGGCAUAGAAUGUCUUUCUUUUACUAGCCAAAUUAUUCAUCAGCUGCUGAAUCGCUUUUGGAGCCCUGGUGCAUAGAGCUGGCGAGAAAUCCACCAUAAUUGUCCUCUGAUUCAGCAUCCUCUCUCCUUUCCUCCUCUGCACACAUGAGUGAAGUCUGCACUUUGCUGAAAGUGAGAAAUUUAUUAGCACAAGAGCUUUUCUGUCACAAUCUCAUUACAACAUCAAAAGGUUUAUAUCUGGAAUGCAAGUUUUAAUCACUUUAACAGGUUGACGAGAAAUCAAGAAUUCUUUGACUGCAAUUGGAGCUGUUUCUAUGCUGUUUUCGCCAUGGAACACAGCAACACUAUUUCCUAUUCAUAUAAAGCACUGAGCUCUACCAUUUGAAAACAUCUUUGGGCAUCAUGGGUACUUUCACCGGGGCAGUGGAUUAUAUUCUAUAGUUCUAGUCUAAAUUCUACUUGACAUGUAUUAUAUUUAUGUAUUGGCUAUACAUUUUACAAAUAAAUAACAGACACAAGCGGAACUUCUGAGAAAGCAGGGUUUUGUUUUUUUCUAGUGUAAGGUGAGAAGAGGCCCUGGGGUGAAUUUAUACGGUGUACCUGGUAACCACAGACUCUUACCAACCCCAGGGCUUCCUUCCCUUUGAUAAGUACUGUUUACAAAUAAUGAAAAGCCUUUAUCUGCAAUAAUUGAGCAUCUUGGAAGCCUCAGGUGAAUAGGUUAAAUGAAAAACAGGUUUGUGUGAAUUCAAGUUUUUAGAAGUAGGAGUUAAGUACUGAGUAUCAAGUCUAUACUUUGUGUUCUUUCUCAUAGGAAGAAAAUGGUUUUGUAAACACAAAAGACUGUUGGAGCAAUAACAGUACAGUGCUACACUGAUUACUUUCACACAAAUACAUUUUUAAUACAAUUUUAAUUUUCUCUGGUAUCUCAACAUUCUGCAUCUCACAUACCUACUUUUCAGACCAGUUCAUGGUGUUAAGGAUGCAUAUGCUGGGCUGAACUCACAUCCUCCAGCCCAGUAUUCUACGUUUAAUAAACUAUCACAUCUAAAAAAGGCCUCUCCAGGG